AUGGGGACUUCCGACGCUAGCACGUCGAGUGGGCUCUGGGAGAACAUGGACAGAGCCCUGGGCCAGUUGUUCAUGAUGGGCUUCGAUGGAACGGCAGUGACUCCCCAAAUACGUACCCUCAUACAGCAACAUCAUCUCGGAUCGAUCCUUCUGACAGCUAAGAAUCUCAAGUCUGCCGAAGACACAAGCGCACUUGUGUACGAAUUACAAAAGUGUGCCUUUGACGCCGGCCACCCAGUGCCUCUAUUGAUUGGCAUCGAUCAAGAAAAUGGAGGAGUCAACUCUCUAUUCGACGAUAUCUUCAUCCGGCAGUACCCAUCAGCCAUGGGUAUCGCCGCCUCCGGAGAUCCUGACCUCGCGUACAAAGUCGCAAAGGCCAGCGCAGAGGAGAUUUCUGCAUGCGGAGUGAACUGGAUAAUGGGACCCUGCCUGGAUGUCCUUACGAAUACCCGAAAUCAGCCCCUUGGAGUUCGCACGACUGGUGACGAUCCAGUGCAGUGUUCAGAGUACGGGGUGGCAUUCAUGAAGGGCUACCAGGAAGCCGGUAUCUGUACGAUGGGAAAGCACUUCCCGUCAUAUGGAAAUCUCGAGUUCUUGGGAUCUUCUCUGGAUGUGCCGACGAUUACAGAGUCCUUGGAGCAGCUAAGUCUGAGUGCUCUGAUACCCUUUCGCGAUGCCAUCAAACAAGGUCUUGACUCCAUCAUGGUUGGGGGUUGUGCGAUGUCAUCAGCUGGACUGAAUGUCAUGCACGCCUGCCUCUCAGAUCGAGUUGUUGAUGGACUUUUGAGGAAAGAGCUUGGCUUCGAUGGCGUCGUUGUCAGCGAAUGUCUUGAGAUGGACUCGCUCUGUCAAAAUAUUGGAGUCAAUGGUGGUACGGUCAUGGCUGCCAAUGCUGGCUGUGAUAUUCUAUUACUGUGCAGAUCAUUCCAGCACCAACUCGAGGCUAUCAACGGCUUCAAACUUGGCUUGGAAAACUCUAUGAUCACUACGGACAGAGUUCGUCGAUCACUCAACAGAGUAUUGGCAAUGAAGUCUAGGUGUACAUCUUGGGACAAAGCUCUGAAUCCGCCAGGCAUCAAUCUCUUGUCGAGACUGCAACCGUCACAUACGAAUCUCUCCACCAAAGCAUAUAACUCAAGCAUUACCGUUGUCAGAGAUCAGAACGGAUUCUUGCCUCUGACCAACAUCAUUGAGCCAGAAGAAGAGUUGCUUCUCCUUACGCCGUUGGUGAAACCGCUUGCUGCAUCUGCAGCUUCGCGUGCACUGUCAUCACACACUUCUAUCGACUCGCCGGAACCUCAAUGGGAACGAGGCAAUCCGGGCCUGAGCGGUGAGAGAGUGUUUCGAGAACUCGGCAGAUCGCUCGCUCGUCAACGUACCGGCCGAGUACUUCAUACCAGCUACACGGCUAACGGUGUUCGACCUCAGCACGAAAGCCUGAUCAAUAGAGCCAGUGCGGUCGUUGUCGUCACAGCAGAUGCCAACAGAAAUAUGUACCAGAGCGGUUUCACGAAACACGUUUCCAUGAUUUGCAAUAUGCAAUACACGGCUGGCGGCGAGAAGAAGAUAAAACCAUUGAUCGUUGUGGCAGUCAGUUCGCCCUACGAUUUCUCCACGGACACGUCCAUUGGGACAUAUGUUUGCACCUACGACUUUACAGAAACUGCAAUGGUGUCGCUAGUCAAGGUAUUGCAUGGGGAUGUCACACCGACCGGCUCGCUCCCCGGCACAAUCAGCCGCAGCGCAAAGCUCACACAGUCAAAGACACACUGGCUAGUCGAAACCUUCAACGAAGAACGCGAUGGCCUCGCCUUGGACACUCUAAUCAAAGAAAUCAUUGACUUGACAUCACCAAAUCAACGCUCAGAACUCCGAGGCGCAACCUCAAACUCCUUCCUCCUCCGCCAGCAAAAUGUACUAGAAACUCACUUCGUGGUCCGCAACAGCAGUACCUCAGCUCUCUACGGCUUCUGCUCAACCUACUUCUUCAAGUCUACCGGUACAGGUGCCAUCGGCGCACUCUUCGUCGACCCGGGCAGACGCAAACUCUCCAUCGGACAAAGUCUGCACGAUCGCGCUAUUCGGACGCUAUUGCAAAGAGAAGGCAUCAAGCGCUUCCAGCUAGGCUCCAGGCUACCUAGCAUAUACCUCGGCAUCCCCUCCGACCACGGCACCGAGCGCAAACGCCUGCGCUCCUGGUUCGCCAACGUCGGCUGGAACACUGCUCUCUCCCGCCCAGUAUGCAGCAUGGUAAUGCGUUCUCUCCAAUCCUGGUCUCCACCAGAAGGAAUGGCACAGUCACUACAAGGCUCUGGUGCAGAGUUUGACUUGGUGCGCGGAUGGGAACACUCGAGAGCAAUUCUCGAUCAUAUCAAGACCAACAAUCGACAAGGACUAGCCGAAGUCUAUAAACUCGCCUUGGCGGACCCGACUUCUUGUGGUAUUGUUCGCGCCAUACGUCCCGAAGACGGAAGUAUAGUGGGGACAGUGGUCCUCUACAAUGCCACUUCCUCACUUGCCGAGUUUGUUCCUGCACUUAAAGACGAAGCGUCUGCGGAAGUUGAAGUACAGGUUAGUGGUGGCGUCAGCUCUCCUGUGAUUUCACCCUCAGCAGGCGAGUAUGCUACGAUACUUCAGAGUUUGAUCUUGUUGGGAGUCAAGCAAGUCAAGAAGCAGGGUUGUGCGUCUUGUGUGUUGGAUUACAUGGACGGAGAUGGCAAUUUCGAUGGCUUGUCGGCUAUGGGAUUCGAGGUUGUGCAUACGUUUGAGGAAGUCUCCUGCGAUGCGGCUACGAUUACUAGGGCUAAGUGA